UUCAAAUAAAUGGCGUCGCCAAACAACUGCGCCUUUGACGCCGACAAGGAUCUCGACGACGCCGCACUAUGGGCGGUCAUCGACUCUGCCGCUGCCGCUUCUCUCUCCGCCUACUCCGCUUCUAAAUCUCGCAAACCCCUCCCGCUCAAGCACAAUUCCCCCAUCCCCUUCCCAAUUCCCUCACCUCAAACUAAACUCCCGAAAAACCCCAGGAGCCACCAGAAUCACUCCGACGGAGAGGUUUUGCAGGAGCCUUGGGUUCAACACGACCACAGGCCGCACAAACUCGCCAGAUCGCACCCUCGGUGUGCGUCGGAGCUGAGUGAAAUGAGUCCGCAGCCUUUAGCCGUGGUGAAGCACGUGCAGCGCACGCCGACUACGCCUCCGGUGCAUUCCCCGUCCGAGACCAAAAGCUAUGCAAUCACGGGAUUUUAUACCAGUGGUAAUACUCCUUCUGGAUCGGAUUAUCACGAGGACAGAGAAACAGAGAGCUUCACGAGGCAUAGCUUGUCUGGUCGGUUUCCGACUGUUUCACUGUUCAAAGAAUAUCAAGAUGCAGCUAUGGCGAUUCUCGAGAAAAAUGACUACACCCUGAUUUCUGGAUACCGUUACAUUAAAAAGUCAGGUUGGAGGAAGAUAGCUUUUUACUUCAACCUAUCCUUUGAAAUUAAAGAUAAGACAAUUGAAUUUGAUGAUAACCGUAAUGUUCUGCGAGCAGAAUUUGUGGUUCGGGCAUACAUGCAAGGUGGUAGAUAUUCAGAUGGAUGGGGAUCAUGUGAAAGGCAAGAAAAGAGGUUUCUGAAGCCAAAUCAUGAUAUUCCAAGCACAGCUGAAACCCGAGCCAAAAAUAAGGCAUGUCAGGAUCUGCUUGGUAUUGGAGAAUAUCGUCCUGGUGCAAGCCGUGCUUAGUGACAGAACUUAGAAUGCUUUGCACCCAAAAUUCAAUCUCAGCAUCUAGAUUCCCUACCAAACCAAGCAUUUUAAUACUAGUCAAAGAAUGUGUGAUUUUCUUGCUAAAGCUCAGGGCGGGCUGACCUUAUUCUUAACUCUGAAUAAAAUUGUGCUGAAAAUGACAACGGUUCCUGAGCUUUGACAAUUGCUAUUGCCCUGUAAGUUGUAUAACAUUGUACAUGCGAUGAGAUCAUUGUAUUUUUGAGCUUGUAGCGAAGAGCUAUCUGAUAGUGUGUUAUAAAUAGAAGUUGACCAUUUUCUGGUCACAAAUUGACGUACAAAAGAGA